UCCCUAAACUCAACCCAUUUCUCUCCAAAUAAAUCCGCAACACAUGCACCUCACUCAUUAGUCAUUAGCCUUAUCUCUCUCUCUCUCUCUCUCUCUCUCUCUUUCGGGCGCAACAAUUUCUAUUUUUAACAAACUCUCACUCCCUCCGCCGCAACCAAACACCAUUUCACUCUCAUUUCUAUUCUAAGUUCUAUAACUCAUGGAAUGAUACAACACCUCCCACCACCACCACAAACAAUAUGAAUAACAUCUGGGACGACAACUCCUCCGUCAUGGAAGCUUUCAUGACCACCUCCGACAUCUCUAGUUUCUGGCUUCCAACACCACAUUCCGCCACUUCAACCACUGCUGCACCAGUGCCUCCUCCACCACAACAGUCUCUAUUCAAUCAAGAGACUCUCCAGCACCGUCUUCAAGCUCUUAUCGAAGGAGCGAAAGAAAGCUGGACCUACGCGAUUUUCUGGCAAUCUUCUUACGACUACACCAUGGCUACACCUCUACUCGGCUGGGGUGAUGGAUAUUACAAAGGAGAAGAUGACAAAGUAAAAUUGAAACGAGUUACACCUCCGGAAGAACAGGCUCAUCGUAGAAAGAUUCUCCGUGAGCUUAAUACGUUAAUUUCUGGUGGUUCAUCUGUCUCUGAUGAUGCCGUUGAGGAAGAUGUCACCGACACUGAGUGGUUUUUUCUCACGUCGAUGACUCAAUCCUUUGUCAACGGCACCGGAUCACUGAGUCAGGCUUAUUUCAAUUCAACCCCGGUGUGGAUCACCGGGGCUGAGAGGCUUUCCGGUUCACCAUGUGAACGGGCCCGUGAAGCACGGGUCCAUGGGUUUCAGACCUUGGUAUGUAUACCAACUUCUUCAAGUGGGGUGGUUGAGCUUGCUUCUACGGAAAUGAUUCCAUACAACGCUGAUCUAAUGGAGAAGAUUCGUGUUUUGUUUAAUUUUAACAAUCCUGAAACAGGUUCGUGGCCGUUGAAUUCCAUUACAACGAGCGAGAACGAUCCUUCCUCGGUCUGGCUCAACGAUCUCUCCGCCUCUGCAGCCAUUGAAAUUCGAGAGUCCACAGUUAACACUGCCGCUGUGCCUGCAAUGAACGCAACCAUUCCUGCAAAUGCAACAGUUGGUAAAACAUUACCGUUUGAAACAAAUGGUUCGACCAGUACUCUAACGGAAACAACUGCAGUUAACUUUGCUCAGCGCCAGAAUCAGAACAACCAGAACCAUAGCUUUUUUCUGAAGGAACUAAAUUUUUCUGGUUCAAUGAAACCGGAAUCCGGGGAGAUUCUGAGUUUCGGUGAAAGUAAAAAAAGUUCUUAUAUCACCGGAAAUGGAACUUUCUUUUCUGGUCAGUCACAGUUCGUCGCUGGUGAAGAAAACAGAAAAAGAAAGUCUCCUAUAUCCAGAAGCAGCAUUGACGAUGGAAUGCUUUCGUUUACUUCCGGUGUAGUCUUGCCGUCUUCAAAUAUGAAAUCAAGCAGCAGAGGCGGAGGUGGAGAUUCUGAUCAUUCAGAUCUAGAUGUUUCUGCUGUGAAGGAAGGUGAGAGCAGCAGAGUUGUAGAGCCAGGGAAGCGACCUAAGAAAAGAGGUCGAAAACCAGCUAAUGGAAGAGAAGAACCAUUGAAUCAUGUAGAAGCAGAGAGACAAAGAAGAGAAAAGCUUAACCAAAAAUUCUAUGCUCUACGUGCUGUGGUUCCAAAUGUUUCUAAGAUGGACAAAGCAUCGCUGCUAGGCGAUGCUAUAUCUUAUAUAAACGAAUUGAAAUCGAAGCUACAAGGGCUGGAAUCGUCAAAAGGUGAAUUGGAGAAACAAUUAGGUGCAACAAAGAAGGAAUUAGAACUUGUUGCAAGCAAAAAUCAAAGUCAAAAUCCAAUUCCAUUAGAUAAAGAAAAGGAGAAAACAACAAGCUCAACAAGCUCUUCUAAGUUAAUUGACUUGGAUAUUGAUGUGAAGAUUAUGGGUUGGGAUGCUAUGAUUAGGAUUCAAUGCAGCAAGAAGAAUCACCCUGCGGCGAAGUUGAUGGCGGCGUUGAAAGAAUUAGACCUUGAUGUGAAUCAUGCUAGUGUGUCUGUUGUGAAUGAUUUGAUGAUUCAACAAGCUUCUGUUAACAUGGGAAGUAGAUUUUACACACAAGAACAGCUUUUGUCUCUUCUUUCUUCCAAAAUUGGUGAUGCACAAGGAGAUUAAAUUUUCUGGAAUUUUUUUGUCUCAAGUUAUUAUGUUCCUUUUUCUUAGUUAUAUUUUUAGCUAGUACUAGUACUUUUUGUUAGCUUAUUUUAGAAUUUAGAAUUUUUUUUUUAUUGGCUAUGUAAUAUGGAGUUGUAGAAUUAGGGAACAUCUUUUCUUCAUGUCUGCUGGAGAAAGAAAUGUAGUAGCUAAAGUGAACUAUUUUUGUUUUAUCAUUAUUAUCUGUGUUGAGUGAGUGUAUAUAUAUGUUUCUCAAUUACCAUAAAUGUGAAUUCAACUUGAUAAGUUUUAUGGAUUA